UCCCUCUGCCUUUCCGGCGUCCGGAGUCGGCGGUCCGCACCCUCUGCCCGCGCUGCUGCCGCUGCUCGUCGUGGGAGACCCAGGCGACGCGGUGACUGGAGCCCCGAGAGAGCCCUGCGCCCAGCUCUGCCCCAGCAGGCCCCGCUGUCCUGUCACCCCGCCGUCCCUGCCGGCCGGAGCCAUGCGCUGUGUCCUGAGCGGUGCCACCCCCCUGGGGCUGCUGUGGCUGGUCUGCAGCGCCCAGGGCCUCUUCCUGCCCAACGUCACCCGCCUGGAGGAGCUGCUGGGCCGCUACCGGCAGGAGGACCCGCCCCUCCAACAUGGAGCCUUGACCUGGGAUGAGGAGCUGGAGAAGUCUGCGGAGGAGUGGGCCCACGAGUGCAUCUGGGAUCACGGCCCCACUCGCCUGCUGGUGGCCGCCGGCCAGAACCUGGCUGUCCACUGGGGCAGGUACCGCUCCCCUGGCUUCCACGUGCAGUCCUGGUAUGAUGAGGUGAAGGACUACACCUACCCCUACCCCCACGAGUGCAACCCCUGGUGCCCCGAGCGCUGCUCCGGGCCCAUGUGCACUCACUACACUCAGAUAGUGUGGGCCACCACCAACAAGGUGGGCUGUGCCGUGAACACCUGCCGGAAGAUGAACGUCUGGGGAGACGUCUGGGAGAAUGCUGUCUACCUCGUCUGCAAUUACUAUCCAAAGGGAAACUGGAUCGGACAAGCGCCCUACAAGACCGGCCAGCCCUGCUCGGAGUGCCCACCCAGCUACGGAGGCGGCUGCAAGAACAACCUCUGCUUCCGAGAAGAAUCCUCCGACCCCAAGCCUGAAACGGAUGAGAUGAACGAGGUGGAGACAGCUCCCGUUCCUGAAGAAAAACACACCCGGGUCCAACCGAGGGUGUCCCAGCCUGUGAAGCCCAAGAAGACGCCCGCGGUCAGCUUCAUGACCCAGAUUGUGCGCUGUGACACCAAGAUGAAGGACAAGUGCAGAGGGUCCACCUGCAACAGGUAUCAGUGCCCUGCAGGCUGCCUGAACAGCAAGGCGAAGGUUUUUGGAACUCGGCUCUAUGAAAGUUCGUCCAGCAUCUGCCGGGCUGCCAUCCACUACGGCGUCCUUGACGACAAGGGGGGCCUGGUGGACAUCACGAGGAACGGGAAGGCCCCCUUCUUCGUUGAGUCUGAGCGGCACGGCCUGCAGACUCUGAGCAAGUACAAGCCGUCCAGCUCGUUCACGGUGUCCACAGUGAAAGUGCAGGACGUGGACUGCUAUGUCACGGUUGCUCAGCUCUGCCCAUUUAAGAAGCCCGUCUCCCACUGCCCAAGAGUUCGAUGUCCAGCCCGCUGUAAAGAUGAGCCGUCCUACUGGGCUCCCGUGUUUGGGACCAACAUCUACGCGGAUACCUCGAGCAUCUGUAAGGCAGCUGUGCACGCUGGCGUCAUCAGGGAUGAAAGUGGGGGGCACGUGGACGUGAUGCCCGUGGACAAGAAAAAGACCUACGUGGGCUCGCUCAAGAACGGGGUGCAGUCAGAAAGCCUGGGGACUCCUCGGGAUGGCAAGGCCUUCCGGAUCUUUGCUGUCAGGCCAUGAAUUCCAGCAGGGAGGGGGCGUCGCCACGAGGGCUGCAGGGUUCCGCUUUGUGUGUUUAUUUUGCGUGGGGGUGGGUGGGUGAGGGUAUGGAGAUGCGGCAGAUGUCCUUCCAGUGACAUUCGCUGUCCACCCCCGUGUGUCCCCCACCAUGGAGAAGCCAUGUCCUCAGGUCUCGGUGGGCCACGGUCACACGGUCCUGCUGAGGUCUGGGGUCUCCAUCUGGGCACCCCUCUCUGUAGGGAUCGGACCCAUCUCCUAGAGGGGACUGUCACCCAAGAUGUUCCCUGUCAUGUGUCCUCGGGUGGGAGGAGGGAGAGGAUUCCAAACUCCUGGGAGAAGGGAGGGUUGGAGCUCACAGCUGGGAGGCGUUCCUGGCGUGGGAACAGGGCGUGUUUCAGGAAGGGAGUACAGGAUAGUUACGAUAUUUAAAUUUUUCGAAAACUCAGUCCGUCCUUGCCAGUAGAGAAUCUGGUUUAAAGUUUGCAGGUCAGACAAAUGGGCUGGAGCAGAGGUGGGGAGUGAGGGGCCGGCCCCGUCCCCGCCGUGGCCUUGCCAGUGUCCUCCUGGGCCCCUUAGCCACGGGCAGGUCCCUGGCCAUGGGCAGCCCCGUACAUGCAGCAGUGCUGGCCUAGUUAGAGAUGGUCUUCGUUGUCGCCCCUCCCUCCACGUGGUCCAUCUGUGUUCAGCCGUGACCUUUGGUCCCAUUGAGGACCAAGGAACCAGAACUCUCCUCCCCAGCCCCCUGCAGCUCUCGCCCACCCUAAUGCAGUCCUGCGGUCACUCCCAGGACCCGGCCUUUCUCGGUCCUUGUAUCUUGUUCCACUGAGACGUCUGGGAGAGCUGGGGAAGGCAGCUCGGCGCACAGAGCCCUGUGCGCUGACCUAGUUUCUAGCAGUGGGAGGGAUGGAUUUCUGGCUCUCCCCGGGCCGAGGUCAGCCGCGCGGCCUGUGGUUGGGGAGCCGUCCUGUGGCCUAGUAGUGGCGGGAGACAGCAGGCCCUGGCAGCGUUUCUCGUCCUGUUUUUGUGGAACAUUCCCGAGGCUCCAGGGAGUGUGGUGCACUCUGGCUUCCAUCGCUCCGUAGGAGCUCUUCCUGCGCCCAGACCAGAAACCCACGGUGAAAUGAAAUACCCAGUUGGAAAUAGCGUGUCUUUGCAGAAGGCAAACUCUGCCACCAGCCCAGCCUCGCCCGUGUGCCACGCUCGUGAGGCCUGUUUCCUAAUGGGAUCUCACUCUCCAUCAAAGUACUUCUGGGCGGAAAUGCUGGCAGAAGGAAGACAGUGGGUGUGCACCGGGGACCCUACCUGGGGACCUAGGUCCUGGCCCCUUUGUGGGAUAAUGCCCCAGUGAAUGCGGAAUGCAGAGGUCGUUCUUACCCCUUUAUUGUGGACCGCACCCGCAGUGAGCCGCUCCCGUCAUUCCCAAACAAGUCCAUCCCCGCGCCGCCCGCUCUGGGCCGGCUGCCGGAGGGCGGCUUGCUGGCCGGGUCUGCAGGCUUUUCUUCCUCAUGAGCAUUUGAAACUGGAACCACUUUUCUGCAGAAAAUGGAGGCAGGACUGCAAUUCCAAGCAGGGACGGCCUCGGGUUACGCCUGGUGCUCUUGGCACGCCACCCAGAUCUCGAAGACCCACGCGUCAGUCCGCUCCCCGUGAGAGCUCCGGUCUCCGGGGUGCUCGCCCGUCCCGUCUGCGGUGUGUGCUGGCCUCCUGGUGGGGAGGCUCGCGGAGCCCGCAGUUCACGUGUGUGCUUUUUCUAUGAAAAAGGGUGUAUUUUACUCCUUCCUGUGUACAAAGUCUGUAAAUGUUCUGUGCUUUGCGUGGACAGGGCCACGUUGUUGCCAUUAUUUCAGUACAUUUUCUAGAUGUUUCUGUAACGAAUCUUUUAUGGACAAGUCUGAACAAUUUGUGAAAUAAACACGUCAAACCUC